GACGUCCCGGCGCGGGGCUGCGCUUUAGGACCACGAGGAACGCGAGAGAGCCGAGAGCGCGCGCGCAGAGCUAUAAAGACAGCAUCCACGCGCAGGUCACGCACAGUGCGGCGCGGGCAGCUCCUCACACACCUCACCGUCAGCGAGCCGGAGCGUCCUAGAUACGCGGGGGUGCGCGUGUGAACCGCAAACCGAACCGGACCCGGACCAGAGCCAGAGUCAGAGUAAUGCAGCAGCGGCACCCGCACGGAGGGCGCGGGCUCGCGGUGUGGCUCGAGCUGUACAGCCCCUCUCUCCGGUGAGAGACUUCUUUCCGGGAGACACACGGCGGAGAGCGAGCUGCACAUUCUGGACUUUAUUAUAUUAUUAUCGUUUUUGUGUUUGUUUCAUUCACAUUCUUCUGUACAAUCUCAUCUCUGAGGGUUUUUAAAGCGCCAAAAUCCAGCAGUUCCUGCUCGCCCUCCCGCCGCUCUGAUCUGAUCUGAUCCGCAGCUCCUCCACUCUCAGCUCCAUGCUCAGCUCUAAAGGAGACAGUAGCAGGGCGAUGUUUCCACCUCAUGCCUCCUCGACAUUACUCAUGAGGGAAACCAGCGACGGGGCAGAGACCUUCCCCAGCGUCUGCACUCACUAGGCCAAAAUGGAAACAGGGCUCAAAACAGAGGAGGAGAAGGACCCUCCCGCUCAGAGGAAGCCUUCUUCAUCAACAGACAGUGGGGACGCAGUGUCUGAGUCCUGCAAACGCAACGGCCUGAUCAACACCCGGGGCGUGAUGGUGGAGACCAAGGAAGGCAUGGUGUCGGUGUACUCUGCCCCGCAGUAUCAGGGCCACAUGGUGGUCAACCUCUCCCCCCAGCAGGGGGGCCAGGACAGGAAUGGGACUCGGGUCACUGGGCACCACCCGCAGCUGCUCAACCCCAGUGCACUGCCCCAGACCGUAGAUCCCUUCUACAGGCCCAACCUCAUCCUGUACCCAGAGGGUGUGUUGAGGGCAUGGGGGGAGGGAGGGGACUGCUGCGAGACCACCUUCAUUGAGGACAUGGCUCCAGCUUCAGGCACCACCAGCUUCACAAAAGAAGGAAUUGUAUUUGCCGAUAGCAAGUUCCUGGACUUGUCUAUGGACGACGCCAAGAUUCAGACGCUCUCCUACGACGUGGACGACGAUGACGAGUUUCAGGAGUUGGAGAGCGAGUAUUCGAGCGACUCGGAGAGCGAGGACAACUUCCUCAUGAUGCCGCCGCGAGACCAUCUGGGCCUGAGCGUCUUCUCCAUGCUGUGCUGCUUCUGGCCCCUCGGCAUCGCUGCCUUCUACCUGUCUCACAAGACAAACAAGGCGGUGACCAAGGGUGACUUUUACCAGGCCAGCUCCAGCUCCAGGCGGGCUCUCUUCCUGGCCGUGCUGUCCAUCACCAUCGGAACAGGCAUCUACGUGGGCGUGGCGGUGGCUCUUAUCGCGUACCUCUCCAAGAACAACCACUUGUAGCCUUGCCUUGCCUUGCCUCCCUGUCGUCGUCUCUCAGCUGACUGAUUGUUCCAAGUGGAUUUACUCUGAGGGCCACUUAGGGGUAACACACAGAGUAACGAUCCGUGCACUCCACUCCGGCACUUUUCUGAAUCACACAAAAUCAUUGAGUGGCUCCUCAUUGGUAAACACAGCGAUUAUUCUGCUCAGUGUGAAAUCAUGACAUUUUUCGUCUGUAUUCAGUAUUUACCACAGCAGAGAGAGAGAGAGAGAGAGAGAGAACGAGAGAGAGAGAGAGAACGAGCGCUCGGAGAGACUAUAUACUAAAGCACAGACUUUAAGAUCUCUAUACAAGGCAAGGACAUCAGGUCAGGUGGUUUUGAGCAAUCACAAAUACUGUACAGUAUCUAAUGUGCCGAUUUAACCCUCUGAACCCUUUGUUGUUUUCUUUUUUUUUUUCUUUUGACGGUAAGAUAUGGAAAACACAAUCUAUCUGAAGUGCCACAGUACUUUGAAGCCUUUUUAAUAAGAGCUACAAUAUUAUAAGGUCUAGGGGUCAGGGAUUCCACACCAUAAGAAGGGGCUUUUUUCAAUACUUGUAUGAAAUUUCAAGGGUAAAACUUGGACUCGAAGCCAUAUAAAUGGGCUGGGAGACCUUCCUGAUCUAGCAGUAAGCCUAUGAUCCUUGAGGGUCAUGGUGUGUAUAUUUGUAAGCUGUCAUUGAUGAGGUAUCACUCGGAAUCCCCAAAACCUCUGUAACCAGGCCCUCCUGCUUUCAGUUUCUAUUUGCCAAACUAUGACUCUGUACAUGCUUCCACUGUCAAUGUUAUGGUGUUCCAUCUUUUGGGAGAUUUCAACCACUAACAGACUGCAACCUCUUGCCAAUUAAAUGUAGUCUUUUCAUUCAAA